GCGAAGAUAUCAAGUUAAUUGAUAUUGGAGGGGGUUUUCCUGGAGAAAGUGGAUAUCAAAUCGAUGAGCUUUCAUAUAUAAUUAAUGAUGCGAUCAAAGAAAUAGAUCCUACUAUAGAAAUUAUAAGCGAACCAGGUAGAUAUUACGUAACAUCUGCAGGCACUUUGGUUGGCUACUUACAUUCUAAAAGAACUAUAUUUGACGGAAAUAGUCUAAAACAGAUGUGUUACGUUAACUGCGGAGUUUAUAGUGGAUUUAUAGAAGAAUUGUUGAAUUUGAAUUCACGUCAACCGAUCUCUCUGUACAAUCCUGUUUCUGAUAAAGAAUAUCUUUCUACGAUUUGGGGACCGACUUGUGAUUCCUGUGACUGUAUCAUCAAAGAUGUAUUAUUACCAGAAUUUUAUAUAGGAGAUUGGCUUGUAUGGAAGGAUAUGGGUGCAUAUGCAGCUUCUAGAGUUUGUGAAUUCAAUGGGUUUUCGAAACCGAUAGUUUAUCCAUUUUUUAGAGAAAGUCAAUGGAAUGAUUUUCGUGCUAGUGCAAAACAAUUGAAUUCAUGCCAAUACAAAAAAAAUAAUAGAAUGUUCCUUGUAUUAGUAACACUUAUAUGUUUACUAUAUUUAAUAUUUUAACAUUUGCAAAUACAAAUUUUAAUUUAUUCGACUAUAUUAAGCACUCGGAUUAAGCUAUUUAUUAUAUUAUAUCGUUCAUUCGAAUGGACUGUAUUGUAUUAUAAAGAUAAGUAUGAUUCUUCAAAAAAUAUUUUUAACUAUUUUCUCCUUUUUUUUCUAUUUUUAAUAUAGACUCUUUUCUUAUGAACUCUUAUCUGUUGGAAUGUAAUUAUCUCGCGUACAGUUAUGUCGUACGUAAUUUCUGUCUCAGUCUCUGUAUCUGAAUUCUGUUACAAUAAUUAUCUCGUUUCUUUGAAUUAUAUAUCAGUCUAGACUAUAACGCGCGAUACGCGAUUAAAAAUAUUAUUUUUGGAAUCACUAUUAUAAUUAUUAUAUUGCAGUGUGACGAUUUUGUAGGAAAGGAAACUAUAUUCUUCUUAGAAAAUUAUAUUGU